UGUUGCGGGAGGACCAGAACUCUGCAAUAAAGCAUUUGAAAAAAUUCAAGAGAUCAAAAUGAUGUAAUAAAAGAGGGAUUAAGAACAAGCAAUCCGUCGCGAGUGGAAAAUCCGGGGAUCACUGGUGCUCUAAAUUGUUAUUCGCUUAGCAGGUUGCGGUGAAUGCUUUCAUUAUUUUAUUUUAUUUUUUUGCAGUCGCGGUCAUUUUCCACAUAAAGGGGAGCUAUGCCGUUACUGCUCUUCUGCGGCGACGCUUGAUUAACCAUGAUGAAGACCGAGUCGCCGUCCACUGCGAGCGCUAACAGCAGCUCCAACUCCAGCUCCACACUGAGGAGCCCGUCUCCGCAUCGGAAUGCCUACGAGGCGGGGAUUCAGGCACUCAAACAGGCGACGGACGCCCUAAACAGUGCUGCUAAUGGGGAUAGCCAGGAUGCCAAGGCAAAAGCCGCUGCUCGUGGGCGCAGAUAUGGCUCCAAUGUGCACCGCAUUAAGAACAUGUUCAUGCAGAUGAGCACCUCUGUGCCAGGUGAGGGCGAGGACCCAGCAAAGCCCAACGACCGGUCGGUCCGCCUGUCCCUCCCCAGGGCCAGCAGCCUUAAUGAGAACGUGGACCACAGCGCUCUGCUCAAGCUGGGCUCUAGUGUUUCAGAGCGGGCCAGCCGCUUUGAUCCCAAGGGAGAUGGUGGCCAGUCACGUGGGUCCUCGGGCAUCUCCAAGCUUCAGGAGACCCGCAAAAUCUUCGAGCAGCGGCACAUGCAGGAGAAGCAGGCGGCCACCAACCGCAUCCUGCUGAAGAAGGAGCGGGCUUCCGGCUUCCAGGAUGGCCGGCUGGACUACCUGGUGCCCUUCAACGGCAGCACGGAGUCUCUGGACAGCCUGGACGCGGGUGCCACCGAGGCCGUCUCGCCCACCGUCCGCCAGCUGAGCGCAGAGUUCGAAAAGGGCGACCUCCGCAACAACCUGCACCGACCCUCCUCUGUCUCCCCGCUGUCCUCUCGGGGGGUCAGCCCUCCACCUGGGAAGGUGGGCGUCCUCAACUCCAAAAUCAUUUCCAAGAGGGCGCGCACUUUCCCGCAGGGAAACCAGGAGGACGGCGGGCAGGAAAUGGACCAAGAGGAUUCACCCAGGAGCCCCAAGAGCAAGGUGAACUCCCAGCCUAAGGAGGAACCUGGUUCCGACAGACUGAGAAAAGAGGGCGCCACUGGGGACCUGCACAAGGCCAUGCCAGAGUUGGGGGGCAGCAGGGAAAAGGAGGGCAUAGACUCCAGUGCCAGGGAUCAAAUCGAAAAGGAGUCUAAGCCGGUGGGGCAGGAAGACUCUGGUGGCCUGGAGGUUGGGAGCAGAGUGGUGCAGGCUGAGGUUCACGCCUCGCUGGAGAACGGGGAAGCAGCCGCAGAGAAGGAGGCCGGUGAAGCAGGCCUGUCGGCCCCCGAGGGCCCUUGCACCGCAAAGGGCAAGGAGGAAGGAGAGGGGGAUGAGCUAGAUGAGUCCCCACAGGGAGGGGAGGACAGAGGAGAGGAGUCCCGUAAGGAGGAUUACUCUGAAGGCGACCUGGUGGAUAUCAGUGCGUACAGCGGCAUCGGGGAGGACUCCGGAGGGAGUCAGCUCGAUGACGAGGAGGAAGAGGAGGAAGCCUACGAGCCGGAGUCCACCUGCUCUGAGGUCCCGGGAUUGCCUGCUGAGGAGGAUCCGCCGCCCAGCCGCAAGAUUGGCUUCAGCACCGAGCCAAUCAAGGUCUUCACGACCUACUCCAACGAGGACUACGACCGGCGCAAUGACGACGUGGACCCCAUGGCGGCCUCGGCCGAGUACGAGCUGGAGAAGAGGGUGGAGCGGCUGGACCUUUUCCCCGUGGAGCUGGAGAAAGACGGAGACGGCCUGGGGAUCAGCAUCAUCGGGAUGGGCGCGGGGGCGGACAUGGGCCUGGAGAAGCUGGGCAUCUUCGUGAAGACGGUCACCGAGGGAGGGGCAGCACACAGAGAUAACAGGAUUCAAGUGAAUGACCUGAUCGUGGAGGUGGACGGCACCAGUUUGGUUGGGGUGACCCAAACCUUUGCCGCGUCGGUCCUGAGGAACACCACAGGAAAUGUUCGGUUUAUGAUUGGACGGGAGAAGCCUGGCGAGCAGAGUGAAGUGGCCCAGCUGAUCCAGCAGACCCUGGAGCAGGAGCGCUGGCAGCGGGAGAUGAUGGAGCAGCGCUACGCCCAGUACGUUGAGGACGAGGACGAGACCGGUGAGUUUGCCACUGAUGAAGAGGAGGAGAUGAGCCCCAUGUUCCCCAAUGCCAUCGAGGUCUUCGAUCUGGCCGAGAACGAGGACAUGUUGUCCCCCAUUGAAAUGGACCCUGAGAAGCUGGCCCACAAGUUCAAGGAGCUCCAGAUAAAGCAUGCUGUAACCGAGGCCGAGAUCCAGCAGCUGAAACGGAAGCUGGCGCAUGCAGAGCAGGACAAGCUGCGCUGGCGCAUGGAGAAGGCGCAGCUGGAGCAGAGCGUGCAGGAGAACAAGGAGCGCAUGGAGAAGCUGGAGGGCUACUGGAUGGAGGCGCAGAGCCUGUGUCAGGCCGUUGACGAGCACCUGAAGGAGACGCAGGCCCAGUACCAGACCCUGGAGCGAAAGUACUGCAAGGCCAAGCGCCUCAUCAAGGAGUACCAACAGAAAGAGAUUGAGUACUUGAAGAAGGAGACGGCUCAGCGCCGGGCCCUGGAGGAGUCCGAGGCGUCUCACAAGGAGGAGACGGAGAAGCUCCAGGAUAAGGUAGUGGAGGAGGCGCAGAUAACGGAUUUGGAAUCCAAGGUGGAAGCACUGAAGACCUCUAACCCCUCAUAAAAGUGAAAUGAAGAGAGAGAGGUGCCUUUACCCUGGCCACCAUUUUAAAUUCCUUUCGCUGGCAGAUUGCAACAAAGACAAGAAAAAAAAAAGAGAAAGACUGUUUGGACGGGAUCCUGAAAGAAGCUGCACUGGGGGGUGUGGGGUUAAUGUAAGGGAACAGCGUAUUUCCAUCUGGCACCUUUCCUCCCUCGUCGUCCAGCCCAGGGUGUCCAGAGGUGACUGGUUCGCUUUUAUGUGCAUUCAGGUGUCUAUUGUUGAAUACCAUUUCUCUAUAGGCCCAUGUAAUUUCCGAAUGUGGAGAUCAUUGUCUUGUGUGUUUCUUUUGGGUUUUUUUUGUUCAUUUUUUUGGGGGGGGGGGGUUCCAUUUUAUGUACUAGCUGGGAAUACCGCCCCUAUUGGCUGCCUGCUUAUUUUGAUGACUUGCCCCCUCCAAGGCCGAGGUACUGAAAAUGACAACACUGAGGAACCUGGCUAUUCACGAUGUUUGUCUGUCCGGAUCUCGUCCUCCAGUGUGUUGUAAAUUAUCCGAAUUGAAUUUUUUUUGAUCUCAUAAAAGUAAACAAGUGCCCCUGUUUUCUGCCUGCCUCCAUUGUCAGUGAACCUGUUUGUACAGAUGAGAUGCAGCACAGUAUACCCUAUGAGGUGGGCUUGGUUUGUAUAUAUUCUUAAUAUAUAUAUUUAAAAUACAGUGGGUGAAAGUGAGAGAAAUUUGGGGUUUUGGGAGUGCUGGACAGUGCUCUGUAAUUGAUGGGGCAGUGGGGAAUCUUAAGGAGAGAGGCAUUUGAAGCUUUGAUUUCAAAUGUAUAUAUUGUACAGGCCACAAAAUAGGCAGUUGGAACUUUUUGGGGGGGGGGGGGGGAUUUUCUACUACCAACUGACAAACAGGGUGUGAUGACGUCCAAGCAUUCAACUCAGUUCAAUUACUAUGUCACUUGUGGAUUAUUAGUUAAAGAUCAACACUGAUGUUAGUUUGAAGAGCAGUAGCAUAUGAGUUUUAUAUCUGAGAUGAAUGGAGAACGUGUUUGCCAUUCAUCCAAAUGCCACAUCCUACCCAUGUUAUGAGUAACAGGAUUAGCUUGAAGAGGGGACGGAUUCCUUGCUUUCUCCAAGCUCCUGAAAUAACGUGUAGACUGCUUCAGGUGGUUUGUGUGCUAAUUAAAUAGGAAUUCAACAAACAAAAAAAACUGGAAAAGAUGUAAACACCCAACCAGUUAAUCCACUUCGGAUAUAUGAUGGUUCUCUGUGGCUCAGGCAGGGGUUUGAGUGGCUUGUACCAGAAAGGUAUAGCUGCCUUGACUUUAGUCUUAUUCUUCUGUGUAUUUAACUGACUGCUCAGUCGUCUAUUUUUAAGUCCCCAUUGACUCCAACGGUUUGUCGUCAGAAGCAUGUGCAUUCAGUACUUUUGUCUUUUUUUUUUUGCAUUUAUUCAUCCUUGAUUGUCUGAGGUCACAGACCUGUGCUGAUUGGACCCUUUAUUUCUCAUUCCUGGUGUUACUAUGGUAGCAGCGCAAUACAGUACUGGUGUUUUCUCAGGACUUACGUGCAGCGUGAUUUUGGAAUGCUCACAUUCUCACUGAAAGGUCAUUAAGUCGUUUCGGAUUUUGUUUGCUUAAUUACGUAGCUGUUGUGUAGCAAGUCUGUUUAACGGUCCAAAGCGGAUGUUUCUCUUCAGCCUCUGAAGUGCGGUCGGCUUGCAGUUUUCAUUGCCUGUAUUCUACCCUGGUGGAAUGUUGUAAAAGCCAUUAGAGAUUUUAAUAAGGUGGUAACCAAAGCAAAUGGGGAAAGGUUAUGUAAGGCUAACUGAGUUACAGUGCCCUGCUUCACCAGUGGAUUAGUGCUAAGAAAAGCAUGUCUGUUCUACUGCACCUUGACUCUGGAAUUGCCAGCGUGUUGUAAAGAAUGUCUCUGUUUUCACCUCAUUUCUGUGUUACUGCUCUCCACUGGGGUUUAUGUUACUUUACUUUAGUAAUUGCUACAUUUCUUGCUGGCCACUUCUGCCAAAAUCUCACUUACUGUGCUGCAAUUUUUAAUCUGUUGAGCUAGUGACUUAAGCUUUGCAAAAAAUGUUUCCUUUCUUUUUUUGGGGGGGGGGUCAUAUGAUAAAAAACACACUCCUGUGAGUGCCAUUCCUGGAUCCGCCUUGAAACCAUUGGGAUCAAAAUCUACUCAAGGAAAGAAAAACAAACCUCUCAGCUGCGUGCAUGGUAUACAUGUGCAAAAUGAUGCUCAUUUUUAUUUUAUUUUGGAGCUGUUUCUUAACUAUAAGCAGAGAUGAGAGAUGAGAACAAAGGGAAUGAAUGUCCCGUGUUAAGUACGCAUAUAUGAGGUGCUGAUGCAUUAAGUGUUAAUCCUGUGUUCCCCACCCGUAUUGUUUAAGAUGAUUUAAUUGCAGUGUUUGGACCAAGUAUGUCUGUGCCAUCGGGUAGUUGUCAUUGCUGUGAUUUCCUCUGGGGAAAUUUCUCACUAGAAUCAUUUUAGCGCUGAAAAAGUAUUUAUUUACAAAUAAAAGUAUCUUCAGCACUCUGCUGGAAUGCGGGCAUAGAGUAUUAAAACCACGGUAGUAUAGUGUAUCUUGCAACGGACACAUUGGACAUCUUAUUUUAUUGAGUAAGUCAAACGUAUUUAAUUCUCAAUUCAGAUUUUGUCACUGAUUUGACUGGUGCCUUUGUACUGCAUGAGGCGAGAGCAAAGGCAAACUCAAGAAUGUCUUCAGUUCUGCUUUCCUUCUGAAAAAUAGUGCAAUAUCAUUAGGGCAGAGUCCUCUAUUCUUUGUAUUAGCUAGAGCAUUUUUGGUGUUGCCUGUACACUAGAAGAAGCUGGCCAGCUCAUUGGUCAGGGCAAAAGGGACUCACAGUUUGAGGGCAAGAUCAUUCAGCAGUGAAGUCUGUGGCUGCCGCUUUGCAUUCGAAAUGUCCGAAAUGUCAUUCAUUGGAAAUCUGCAUUCGGACCUGCAACUGAGCAACUGAAGCAGGCCUUUUGUUUGCAUGUUAAUCACCAUGGUUACUGUCAUCAUGAUGUAUGGCCAAUCCCGUUACAUUUGUAUCACUGUAACUUGCGCGAUUGUUCAGGGACACAGACAGGAAAACAAACUUUAAACCCAGCGGCAAGCGGACCGGGGAGUGGGUGCCAAGAGAACCAACAUGGCGGGUGUACUGGUUUUGGCAGUGUACCACACUGGAAAGCACAUCAAUCUCCCUCAGUGUAUUAUAGCCAUUUCAUACAUUCCUGUUUUAUUGAUGCUUGAUCUACCUUUUGUAUUGAACGGGAAAACGAACUGCCUGUUCUUUUCCUUUGCUGAACUGUUACGUAAGCAGUCAUACACUCCUGCCGUCAUUUGCUUCUUGGCAAAUGAGACUCCCUGCGUUGGAAAUGCCCUUGCCGACUUCAACAGCAUUAGGAUGGAUCUGACAACCAUAAAUCCCAGGAAAGCAGUUUUAUUCUGCGUUUUUCAAGCUGUGCUUUUAUUUUCUUGAGGUUUUUCAAAUGAAGACAAGGACAAGACUGGCGGAGCAGAACUCCAAGUGAGAAAGGAACAUCAGGAACCACAGCUGGAACUUCCAGCCAAAUGUCACCCAUUUACCUCUACCAUUACAGCCAAACUGCUGACAUGUACUAACCUGCCCAGUACCACUUCUGUAACGUUCUGUAUCUGAUGGUGUGCAGUGCUUGUGAGUCUCUCAAACUAGUUGCAGUAAGAAGUGAUGAUAUUUGAGAGCCUACGUUUCAGUUUUUUACAGAGUGGUGGUCUGCCACAAGUGAGCCAGUUUGUACAGAGGCAAAGGGAAAAGCCACACCUGUAAAAUGUGGUGAGGUAGCAUGCUUGAAACUGCGUGCAGGAAAACAAAGAGACACAGAGCAAGUGGGUAUCAAGUCUAGCAGUGCAAUGUAAUAGACUAGAUUUAAAGCAACGUUUUCUUACUGUAUUAUACAGCUUUUUUUAACAAGCACCUUGAAUUGUACAUUUUGCUUUUUUGUUGGUGAGGUGUGUGCGGAUAUUAAAUGCCUUGAUAUUGUGAUAAUGUAGCAGGAAAUCAUUCCAGAUACCUGUUUCAACCAAGGGGAAAUUAGAACUAAUCCUGCAUUAAUACGCAAGCAUUACUAUUUGAGGACUUUUUAUUUUAUUUUUUUUUGGAACUUUUUCCCCUCUGUAGUUUGCAAAAAAAACCCUGGAAGGGGAAAAAAUUCAACAUUCAUUUGUUCCAUUUUAACAGUUUCACUCUGAAUCAAGUAUACAUUAUACAUUCGUGCAUAAUUUACAGUCAUAAAUAAAUAGGGAUGUGCUGAAAAAAA